AUGAACUUCUUCAAAUCCGUCUUUGCCGACGACCCUGAGCCUGCUUCCGACCCACCCCACAGCGCCGCCCACCCCGAUCCGGGCGAUGAUGAACCCAAUCACCGAAACCCUAAUCCCAAUGCAGCCUGGAGUUUUGGGGGUCUGAUCAAAACCCUGGCCUCCAAAUCCGAGUCGGUGAUCGAGAGCUACCGCCGCGAUAUCGAGGAAUUCGGCACGGGUCUUAAGAAGGAGACGGCGGUGAUCCGCGACGUGGCGAGUCGCGCCGUCAAGGACCUCCCGGCGUCGCUUGAGGUUGGGGCGUCGGUGGCUCAGGAUUCUCUCGAGUCGGUGGGGCAGGCGAUUGAUGAUAUCGGGAGCUCGGUGUGGCGAGGGACGGCUGAGAUCAUCACUCACGGUAGGGAUGCACUUCUCGCGGCUGAAGAACACGAUAUUGAUUCUCCUUCGGAUAGUAGUAGUCAGCAAUUGAGUAGUCAAAGUUUGAGUUCGCAGCGGUACAGUAGGUUUGAUGUGCAGUUGCGUGCAAUUCAAUGUGAUGAAAAUACCUACCGUGAAGAACCUGAGGACUUGGAUGGUUUCAGUAAGUGGAAAUUAGGGUUCGUGUUGGAGGAUAAGAGCGCGGAGAUUGAAAAUCUGUCGGAAGCGAAUGGGGUAAUGGGAGAGAUUUACAGUAAGGUAGUUCCCAAUGUGGUUGAUCACGAUACUUUUUGGAGUAGGUAUUUUUACAGGAUUCAUAAGCUUAAGCUAGUCGAGGACGCGAGAGUGAAUCUUGUGAAUAGAGCGAUUGCCGGGGACGAGGAGGAGGAUUUGAGCUGGGACAUUGACGAUGAUGAAGAUGACGAGGAAAAGAGUAAUGGGUCUGAGUUGAAGAGAGAAUUGAACAAGGAAAAUUCUUCUGAAUCUGUGAUGGAGCAGAAAUUUGUUGAGAAUUCACAGUUGGAGGAGAGUUUGAAGAAGGGUGUCGUUCAUGAACAGGCCCCUGACGAGAGGGUGAAUUCAGAUGGGAGAUCUGAUAGUGACAAGUCAGAAACAAAAUCUGAGAAAAUGAUCUCAGAGGGGAGGACUGAUAGUGUCUCGAUCGUUUCAAGCCCACCUUCAUUGCCGGAGGAAGAAGACCUUGGAUGGGAUGAGAUUGAAGACAUUGGAAGCAUUGAUGAGAAUAAGGUGGGUGUGAGUGGGAGCCCUGCUAAUAAAGCUGAUCUGCGAAAGCGACUAAGUGCUGCAGAGGAAGACGAAGAUCUCACUUGGGAUAUUGAAGAUGAUGAUGAGCCUGCUAAGUCUUGA